CUUUCUCUUUUUUUUAUUUUCCCAAGCUCAUUUCAUUUUCAUUCUCAUCUUCUUUACACACCGUAAAAAAUUUAUCUCUCAUGAAAGUGUUUCUCAAUAUCUCUCUGGUGCUUACGUUGGCACUGUUGACCACCCAGGCAACAACUGCCCAGUUAUGCCAAAUGGAUAUGGAGCAUAGCAAUAACGACAAUAACACCCCAUUGAUUUCAGAAGUAAACCAAUUUCCCUCCAGUGCUCAGGUAGUCUUUGGUGGUCGUCGUCACGGUAAUCCUCGUCGCAUUGAGCACUACGUCGAAACCUUUGGUAUCAAAAAAGUCAGUUACCCGCGUGAGCUCGAAAACCACGCGUUGGUCCGUUUCAAUGCCCGCAAGCACCAUGUAGAUUUCCCUAUCCCAGCCCACUACACAUCGCUAUUAACUGCAAAUAGCGAUCCAAUCGAGAUCAUGCUUGACCAGCUCGAUGUAUGGUCCCGCACUCGUGACUCAGAUGUGGUACUUGCCCACUUUACUGACAAGCAGUUCCAAUUAUUUGAACAAACUAUGCGUCAAAAAGGUGUCCCUGAAGGCAAGGAUGACUGGGAAGUGGUGGAGCGAGAUCUUCAAAAACUAGCAGACGAAGAUGCAGAAAAGAUUUACAUGACUGCGGUGGCUCUGAAGCUUCAAAAGAUAAAUGACAAGAAGGAGGACAAGCCCAAGAAGAGAGUUGAUUUUGAUACCUGGUUUAACAAUUACCAUGAACACACUGAAAUCAAGGAUUUCUACCUCCAGUUGGCAGAUGACUAUCCGGAGCUAAUCUCAUUCAUCCCAUCAAUCGGCAAGACAGUCGAAGGAAAGGAUAUCUUUGCAAUUAAAUUGACUGCCAAAGAGAAAGAUGGCUCUAUCCGUGAGAAGCCUCAAAUCUGGUGGCAGGGGCUUCAGCAUGCUCGUGAAUGGGCUGGCGGCUCCACAGUCCAAUACCUUACGUAUCAUUUCUCAUCCAAAUAUGGCAAGGACAAGAAUAUCACCGCUCUGCUGCAUGAUACUGAGUUCAUCAUCGUGCCUGUCAUGAACAUUGAUGGUUACGAAUACACUUGGUCCCGAAACCGUCUCUGGCGCAAGAACCGUCGGAACAACGGCCUCGGAUCCUGGGGUGUUGAUCUCAAUCGAAACUGGGAUGACCAUUUUGGUGAGGGUGGCUCUAGCAACUUCCCUUGGAGUGAGACCUACCGUGGGCCUCAUGCAGCAUCCGAGCCCGAGGUCCAGGCCAUGCAAAACUUCUUUAGCCAACAGAAGCGAAUUGUCGGUGCUAUUGAUUUCCACUGCUACUCUCAGCUGGUUCUUCGUCCUGAGGGUUGGACUACUGCUCCCGCGCCUCAUGAAAAAGAGCACAAGUUUGUAGGCGAUAAAAUUGCUAGCAUCAUCAAAGAUGUCCAUGGCAAGAAAUAUAUCAGUGAACCUUCUGUGGCGCUAUACAAGACAACAGGCGCAGGAAGUGAUUGGUUUUAUGGUGAGAUGGCAACCAAAGCCAACAAUGGACAGAGAGUGUACUCUUAUACAAUCGAGUUAAGACCUUCUGAUACCAACCCUGGUGGAAGGAGUGGAUUUAUCUUGCCUCCUGAAGAGAUUAUUCCUCUGGGCGAGGAGAUUGCCAAAGCGAUGGAAUUCUUUGUGGAUUAUGUUGUCAAGAACCCUUUGAAGUAAUAUGUCUUCUCCCGUAUGAAAGAGAUGAAUAAGAAUAAAAGAUCCGUUGUAUUACCUUUU